AUGGAGUUGGAUAGAAUUAGCAGUUUACCGAACGAUGUUACAGAGAAGAUUUUGUCAGGUUUGCCACUUAAGGAGGCAGUAAGGACAAGUGUUUUAUCCAGAAAGUGGAGGUACAAAUCGGAAAAGCUUCAAGAUCUAGUGUUUGAUGAUCAGUGUGUCUCCACUCGAAGUCAUCUAAUUGCAACCUGCAGCUUUGUGAAUAUAGUUGAUCAUGUACUCUUACUUCACACUGGCCCCAUACACAAGUUCAAGCUUUCUCGCAUAGAUGAGCUAGCCACUAGAGACAUGGAUCGAUGGAUUUUUCAUCUAUCUAGAAACCCUGUCAUCAAAGAAUUGAUACUAGAUAAUUGGAGAGGGAAUCCCUACAACAUUCCAUCAUGUUUGUUUUCUUGUCAAGAUAUUGUUUAUUUGGAAUUAUACAGGUGUUUGCUUAACUCUCAUCCGUCCACAUGCAAAGGCUUCAGGAGUUUGAAGACCCUUUCUUUUCAGAGGGUUACUAUGGCCCAAGAUGUGUUUGAGAACUUGAUUGGUUGCAGUCCUCUACUUGAGAGAUUGACCUUGUUUGACUGUGAUGGUUUUACCAAUCUCAAGAUUGAUGCACCGAAACGCAGUUUUAUUUACAUAGAAAGGGAUGCUUCCUUUGAAGAAUUUAACCUUGUGGAUUCCUCAAAUCUUGCGAAUGCUUCUGUUGGUACAAGAAUUGUUGGCUAUCCCUUUAUGAUCAAAACACAAGGAUACAUGCUACAUGUUGUAGUCUGGAAGGAAAAGACCAUAGCAUUAUCCACUGUCAAUGAGGUAGAUGAGAAAGAAAAGGAACCGGAGGUUCUUGAGGAUAGUUUGGAUGAGAUUGCCUACCUAACUAAACAGUUUGAUAAGUUGCUUAGGAAGAGAAGGUCUUUCCCUGUUGGUCGUUAUCCCUCCCGAGGAUCAGCUUCUAGGAAUCCUAAACCUAGUGAUACCACAGGCGAUAGGACUCCCAAGCCUAAAACCUUUCAGAAAAGUGAUAAGUGCUAUGAGUGUGGUGGUGUCGGACAUAGAUCUGUUGAAUGUCCAAGUAGGAAGAAUAAAUCCCACAAAGCUUUUAAGGUGUCUUGGAGUGAUAGUAAUUCCGAGCAAUUCUCCGAUCAUGAUGAUGAGAAUAUAGCUCUUGUUGCCUCUAUUGAGUUAGAUGAGUUCUUUGAGGAUGAUGACUGUGAUAUCUCCAUGCACAAUAAGUGUUCUAGGUUAGUGUCUGCCUCUAAGUCCAUCAAGUUCCCAACUGCUGAAGUUGGGUUGCCUCAGGAAUGCGAGAGCGCUGAUAUGAUCACAACACCAGAGAUGGAAGGGAAAUUCUUCAGAGCCAUCCGUAAGCUUGAACCACAGCUCGAGCAGAUACUGGACCAACAUCGACCUCAUUGCCUUGUUGCUGAUUUGUUCUUUCCUUGGGCUACAGAUGUUGCUGCCAAGUUUGGAAUUCCAAGGCUAUAUUUUCAUGCAACCGGAUUGUUCUCUAUGUGUGCUGCGAUAAGUGUGGUAAUACAUAAACCUCACAAGCGAGUGUUAUCUGAAACAGAAUCUUUUGUCAUUCCUGGUCUUUCAGAUGAGGUCAAGAUGACAAGAAACCAAAUUGCCGAUGCUUUUAAGCUAGAUGAUGAAGCAGAAGCGAGCAAGUUCUGGAUAACUGCCAUAGAGUGUGAGAAAAGGAGCUAUGGGGCCAUUUUUAACACCUUCUAUGAACUUGAACCAGAUUAUGCUGAUCAUUACAAGAAAGUGUAUGGGAUGAAGACAUGGCAUAUUGGCCCGGUUUCCUUAGCCGACAAGGAAGCAGAAGAUAUGGCCACUGCCGAGCAACACCAAUGCUUGAAGUGGCUUGAUUCUAAGACACCCAAUUCGGUUGUAUAUGUAUGUUUUGGAAGCCAGACCAUCUUUGCAGAUAGUCAACUCCUAGAAAUUGCAGCAGGCCUUGAGGCUUCUAGACAAGACUUCAUUUGGGUUGUGAAGAAAGAAAGGAAAGAGAUAGAAGAGUGGUUGCCUGAAGGAUUUGAAAAGAGAAUGCAAGGUAAGGGACUGAUUAUAAGAGAUUGGGCUCCUCAAGUGCUGAUCCUACAGCGUAAAGCAGUUGGAGCUUUUCUCUCUCAUUGUGGGUGGAACUCAAUCCUUGAAGCAGUCUCUGCUGGGAUACCGAUGAUCACAUGGCCGGUGUCUGCUGAUAACUUUUUCAUUGAGAAGUUGGUGACGCAAAUACUUCAUGUUGGGGUUGGUCUUGGUGUUGAAAAAUGGGUUUCAUUUGUGGAUGAAAGUUUGAAGCGCGAGGCCAGUGUGAAGAGGGAGGCCAUAGAGAAGGCUGUAACAAGAAUCACGGAAGGUAAUGAAGCAAAGGACAUCAGAGACAGAGUUAAAGCGCUUAAAGAGAUGGCAAGCAGGGCUGUUGACGAAGGCGGUUCAUCUCUCUCGGAUUUGAAUGCUCUAAUCGAAGAGUUGAGGACCCUUAAUCGAUCUUGA